AUGGAUAGUCAAACUUAACAAACUGGCUAUAUGAAUCUCUUAAGUAAAAAAAGAGUUUCAAACGCUUCGCCUACUUUAAGAGAUAGAUUCAUUGUAACCAAUACUAAUUAAGUUUAGCCAUAUUAUAAACAAAGAUUUAGAUCAAUACAACCUAAUAUAAGCGAACCUAAUUAGCCAACAAUGUCAUUAGAGGAUACAAUAAACUCCUAGAAAUUAAAACAGGAGCUAGUAAAAGAACAACUCUCUCAAAUUUACCCAGAGGGAGACAUUCAAAUAUGCCAAAUCAAAAUCCCCAGAUGUUUAAAAAUUAGCGGUCGUUAUGAGGAUAAUAAUAUUGAAUUGGUUCGUAAAAAACUCAGACAAAACAGGUUUUUUCAUCAUAUAUUCGAUCCAAGCCUCGACAAUUCUGAAGGUACUCGAUAUUAUGAAGGAGUCUAUAGUCCAGUUGAUGCUACUAAUCAAGAUAAGAAAGAUGACCUCGAGAAUGCAAUGAAUCUGUAUGAAUACAUCGUUUAAAAAGGGUUAUACAAAGAAUUACACAAUAAGGAGACUAUUACACAUUUAAGAACAGGCUUUGACCCUAAAAAGUAAAAAGCUUUGUUUGAAAAGCAAGCAAAGCUUUUGAAAUAUAGGCAAUAUAAAUAAAUGCUUCAUUAGAUUGAUGAGUAAAAAGUUUUCUUAGAUUUCAUUGAAAGACUGUAGACUAUGGAAAAUGACAAUAUUUUAUCUCUCGAUCCGAAUAAGAAAAAUAACAUUGAAAAAUCUACUCAAAUGACUUUAAAAAAGUUCAUGCCUACUAAUUACACCAGUACUUUUACUGUUGUGAGACAAAAAAUAGAAAAACUAGUGGAUGAAGGAUACUCUUUCAAAUAGCAAGAAAAGUAAAAACCUGAAAAGAUAGACAAAUAAGCAAUUCUUCAAUUAAAGAGUCCUAUUGAAAAGAUUCAUGAGGAGAAAGAAAAAGAAAGAAUGAUGUAGGAGGAAUUAGAAAAAUAAAUGAAAAGACGAUAAAAAACUACUGGGGAUACGAUUAUUAAGAAUUUAAGUCUAGCUACUAAUUUAUAACUAUCAACUUAGAAUAAGAAACAAGCUGGGUCAGUAUAUAAUAGCUUCUUGAAAGAUGAUCCUUUUAUGAGAUCAUCUCCUGGACGCAAAUAAAGGAUAGAUAAUAAUAGUCCCUCAGAUUAUCAAUCAUCUUCACUCUAAAAUAGCAGAACUAAAAAAACUUUGGGUUCAUAGCAAACAAAAAGGAAGAGAGGAAAAGAUUAGCCUUCUAGAUGGAAAGUAGAAUUUGGAAAGAUUAGAUAGGAGAGACUUAGAUUAAAGUAGAUGCAAGAGAAUGGGGAGCUUUCUCCAUAAAAAAUGACAAGUGUAUCUAGAAGUGAUCUUUUAACAAGUAAGUCUAUGAUGAAUCAAGGUGAAUCUACUUUCAGAAAUUCUGCUAAAUCCCCAAUUAAUGUCAGAGACUAAUCCCCUCUGCCUCAAUUAUUAAAUCAUUUGUCAGUGGAGCCCUCUUUCAGGGAAAGAAGCAGGAGUCCAACUAAUAGUCCAGGUACAGAAGAUGAUAGGGAAUUCAUAGCUUAACUAUAACAAGUUCAAAAGGAUUUUAUCAGUCUUAAUAAGGAUAAUUUGAAAUCAUUAAAAGUUAAGGAUCAUAGGCCAUGGACUGUUUAGUAACCUACAUUUAUAUUAGCCCACAGACCAGAUUCAGUCAUGAACAAUACAAUCUAAAGGGCAAAGUUAAGAAGUCAAAUGAAAGAGAACGCAUUAAAUUAUACUCCAAAUGAAAGCAUUAUGCUAGAUUAUGGAAUAGUUAAACCUUAACUAGCUUAAAGCACGAGACAUUCAGUAGAAGAAAAACAUAGAGAGAGAGGUCGAAGAAAUGUAAGGACAGCUAUUGGAUCUAUUAAUAAUUCCACAAGAGUCAGUUUUAUGAGUCCCUCAUGCUCUUAAGGAAUGAGCACAGAUUUCUAUACAAGAAAGAUCAGGCCAUCAAUAAAUGAAAAAUAAUAAAGUCAGCACUCAAAAUAUGAUACUCUUAGCUCUAUUGUAAAUCUAUGCGACACAGAGGAUACCAACUGGCUAAAAAAUACUGAAACAGAUAGAUCAAAAAUAAUGCAAGAGACUGUCAGAUAAGAAGAAGAAAUUAAGCAGGCAGUAGAUAACUAUUUAGAUUUACUUAAAAUAGGAGUUAAGCAAACUCCAAAAAUUUAAGAUAUUUUGGAGUUAAAGAAAGAAAUAGAAUCUUAUGACUUCAGCAACUUCUUAUCUCCUAAAGUACUCAAGAAUUUUAAGGAAGACAAUUAUAAACAAACGAUUUCACUUCUUAAAGAUAUGAGCAGAAGGAAAAUAUGGCAGCCAGAUAGAUUUCACAUCUCUAAGAAAACUCUGCUUACUUUCAACAUGCAUAACAUGGCUGAGAUGUGCUUCCAGCAUGUAUUCAAGCGCAAAAACAUGCCUGAGGUAGGCGCUAAUAAGCUUACAAAUGCUCAUCAGCAAAUGAUUGACGAAUAUUUAUUCAAAUGGAACCAUGACUAUGUCGACAACCCAUUUUGGUCCGUUAUGCAAAUUAAAGUCAAAUUCCUUGAUGAGGAGAAAGCUAGAAGCGUCGGUGAAAUUGAUAAGGGCAAGGUGAUUUUGUUUACAAACCUAUCAAUCGAAGAAAGUUAGAAGGAAGAGAUUACAGAAUAACUGAGAAAGCUUAAGUUGUUAACUGACAAGUAUGGGGAAAGGGGCUUCUGUGUAUAUGGUGCUUUACCCAAUGAUGUUGCUGGAGGAAAUCCAUUGAGAAAUAAAGAGAUCGCUAAUACACUUAAAAUAUGGGGUUACUUUAAUCCAGCUUUAACAAAUUCUAACUUAAAGUUUUUAUAAAAGUUUGAUGUCAAUGGGAACGAAGCAGAUAAUCUAUUCAAAUUUCUCAGAAGAAACUGUUCGUUAUUUACUCCUAAAAUUGGUAAAGCUAUUCGGGUAAAGGAAAAUUAUUCAAAGUUACUUUGCAACAGAUAUGGAGAAGUCAAGAAAUACUACAGCCCUUCAAUUGAGUUUGCAGUUAUCGAAGCAGAUGUUAGGAAAUUAUUGGAAGAAGAAUUCUUAGAGGAGAGAUAUAACAAACUCCUUAACCCACCUGAUCAUUACUUUUGA